CGUCCACAAAGUGUCAUCCCUCACACAGCGCCAACUUCUCGAUCUUCAUCCGCGUUGGGCUCAUCUGUGCAUGCUAUUGCCACACCUCGUCCCACGCUCAUGUUCGCCAUCGCAAGCGACGACGUUGAAGAAGUGCGCCGGGUUCUCGAGAGUGGAGAAGCAGGCCCGAACGACCAGCUCGGUCCACAAUCAGCGCUUGCGUUCACGCUUACAAAUGAUCGUCUCAUGCACAAGAUGGAGAUUGUAAAGGAGCUUCUAGCCUAUGGUGCCAACCCCGCCUCGUUGCACAAUCCAGAGAUGAAUCCUCCACACUCGGCAUCGAUAUUUGCUUCUGGGUCAGACCAUGGGCGUGAAGCAGGGGGAUGGCCCCUUGUUGUUACGCCCCCGCUAACAACAACGAUGGACGGGAUGAAUCCUGCGACAAGGUACUAUAUUUCUAGGGCAGACGCGCCUGCUACAAGGAAGACAUCUGCGCUGAUCCAUCGCUCUAUCUUCCGCCCUCUGACACGGAUGCGAUAUGAUAUCGUUGGGCAGGACCGCGUAUUCGAGCAGCUGUUCAUGCAUCUGAAUGAACAUUCUAGACGCUUUUCAGUGUCGCCCAUUGUUUUCCUGUUCUGCGGACCAAGUGGGCACGGUAAAAGUCUUCUAGCUCAUAAAUUUGGAUCCCUCCUGGGUAUCCCGACCCAUACUGUGAAUAUGACUAGUUUACGAUCCACUCAUGACCUAUGGCAAUCACAAUCAUAUCAAGACAUGUCGCCCCAGACCUUAUCUGAGUUUUUGCUUGAAAAUGAAGGGAAACGAUGCGUUGUAGUGCUGGACGAAAUAGAAAAGGUGCAAGAUCCAAAAGUGCACUAUUCUCUGCUUCCAGCAUUCGAGGGUCGGUAUUUCCUGCAUGGGCCUAAUCGUCUCGUCGACAUGCGGAACGUAGUCUGGCUUGGUACGUCCAAUCUCGGGGAUCAGUAUGUGUUUGAGUAUCAAAGCACACUCUCCAACCCAACUGCCGCAAUGUCACGAGAGGAGUACCUUGAUCUCAUCGGUCUCAUGCGGACAAAGGUCACAGACCAGCUUGGGGGCGGCUUGAUUGGCCGGUGCACGGCAGUCCUCCCCUUUGUUCCAUUCACCGAGGAGGAGAAGAUAGUCAUCGCAACUGAAGCCUUACUGAUGCACCAAGCGGACGCCGAGCUCGCCGAAGGAUUAUCUGCGGCGACGCUCGAGAACGCGGCAAGGAAGUCGCUUGCGAGAUAUAUCCCCGCUGAGGGAGCACGAUCUUUGCACCGCGCGGUAUCUGCGAUGCUGUUGGAUUUGUUUUGAUUGUUGAUAUUACAUAGUCAUUGAUGACUUUUCAUGCGUGCCUCGAACAUUGUAUGAGCUCGACUGUUUUCAUUCAUCUUUUACAUCAUUUAUCUCGUGAUGGUCGUAGGGCAGAUGAGGUUGUUCAUGUGUCGUCUAUAGCGAGACGACGCCACAUACCAUGAAGCACGAGUCUGCGAUACGACAAUGUGACUAUUGCGGUAUCUAUGUAUGGUCUUACAUUUUAGAUGUGCUAACGGGUAAAGUUAUCUCAUUGAAUAAUUGAUGCAACGGCGGUGGUGUCGCAAGGUUCAUGCACUGGUGAGGGUCGGAGAUGUUUCUCUCACGAUGACUGGAAACCUCCUUGUUUGGCAAAGUCCCGCUUAGAAGAGGAUAGAUUAUUCAACCACACCUUUCAACAUACUUCUGAUUUUGUUUGACCUAUUGACAGUAUCAGCUCGACUACUUAAGUCCACGUUGCACAACUAAUCUAGUAAAUAUCGAUAGUUUGUUUUCGAGUCGCACUGU